GAUAUUGAGUGGACUGAAAACUCUCUCUCCCAAGAAGAUUUUCCUCGCCAUUAAUAAUUUUGUCAUGUUUGUUGCCUAUAAAAGACUUAUGGCUGAUGUCUAAUAGAGGCAAGAGCUUUUGGAUUUUUUUAUUGUUUCUUGUGAACAAAAACACCAUGGGUGGGAAGAAAAGUGAGCACUGCUACAACGCAGUGGCCAUGAAAAGGUGGAUUUGUUUCAUUGUAGCAGUAUGGCUACAAUCCAUCAAUGGCACCAAUUCAGUAUUUUCUGAUUACUCUUCUGAUCUGAAGAAAGUAAUGGGCAUUAACCAAAUCAAGCUUAACAGUUUGGCUGUGGCCUCAGAUCUUGGCAAGAUCAUGGGGUGGGUCUCUGGAGUGGGUUGCAUGCUUCUCCCAACUUGGGCUGUGCUGGGCAUUGCCAUGAGCUUGGGAAUUGUGGGAUAUGGUGUUCAAUGGCUCAUGAUGACUCAAAUUAUUCCUCCUUUGGCGUUUUGGCAGGUGUACAUGUUGUGUUUCCUAGCUGGCAAUAGCAUCUGCUGGUUCAACACAGUGAGUUUCAGGGCCGCCAUAGAAAAUUUUCCCAGCAAUAGAGGAAUUGCUUCUGGUUUAAGCACAAGCUAUUCAGGACUCAGUGCUGUUAUCUACACCUGUUUUUCUUCAAUUAUGAGUAAAGGUCAAUCAUCAUCAUACUUACUAUUGAACUUUUUAGUUCCUAGUAUAGUUGCAAUCAUUUCAGCCAUUCUCCUCCAUGUUUGUGAGUCAAAAAAGGCCAAUGAAGAAGAAAAGGUAGACAAGAAAAACAUGAUACUGUUCACUCUGAUUGCCAUUACCACUGCAGUUUGUUCCAUACUUUAUGAAUUCUUACCCCUGAGAAAUACCGAGGGCCAAGGUAUAUACAUGUCUGUCUUGUUUAUGCUUCUGCUUGUCCCUCUCUACAUACCACUAAAGUCAGCCUUUGGCCAUACCACUAAAACUAAGAAAGUAAUCAAUUACAAUUCAAGCCCAAGAAAAAGCCCAAGAACAUCUCUUGAAAUAAAGGGAGGAAAUGGGACAAAGAGUACAGAUGAAGAAAAAUCAGAGAAGAACUCUAAACUUAUAGCAGAAACCACAAACAGCCACACAAUUAUAGACAUAGAUACCCAAAAGAAGGCUAAAAAGAAAUCAGUUCCAUUACUUGGGGAGGAACAUGGCAUCAUGGACCUCUUAGCAAGCUUAGACUUCUGGCUAUAUUACUUUGUCUAUUUCUGUGGAGGAACAGUGGGUUUAGUAUAUAUUAACAACUUGGGUCAGAUUCUGCAGUCUUUAGGGUACACAAAAAACCUGAUUCUAGUGUCUCUUGUCUCCUCCUUUGGAUUUUUUGGGCGGAUUGCUUCAGGCAUUCCUGAUUAUAUUCAGCAAUGGAGAUUGACUAAAGAUUGGAGGCCUAUACCACGACCAGCAUGGAUAGGAAUAUGGAUGGUACCCAUGGCUGUAGCAUUCUUCAUGAUGGCUCUUCUUAAUCCAAGGAGCAUGGGUGUUCUUUAUGUGAGCACUGCCAUUGUUGGACUUUCAUCAGGAGCAAUCACCACCAUAGCCAUUCCUGUUUCAUCAGAGCUCUUUGGAUUGGAGCAUUUUGGUGUGAAUCACAACAUUCUUAUAACCAACAUUGCCCUGGGUUCUAUUCUUUUUGGUGAAAUUGCAGGAGUGAUUUAUGAUAAAUCUUCUUCCACACAAGGAAUAGAAGCAGGAGGUCGGCUUCUGUGCGUGGGGAGACAGUGCUAUGGGAAGACUUUCCUAUUGUGGGGAGGCGUGUGUUCGUUUGGAGUCCUACUAUGUGUGAUCCUCUGCGUAAGAACCCGUGAAUUGUAUAUAUCUAUGCACAGACAGAGCCAAAAUCAGAAUUGACAUAUAUCUGCAUUCUAAUAUUUUCGUAAGCCUAUAGAAACAAAAUCAUACUGACCUCAACCGCCCUUCAAGGCCUUACACCAAUGAAUAAUAUUUCUUCCCCGCAAGGAAGACAAUAAAUUACUUGUUGGAUUC